AUGCCAGUUGGUUUAUUAGAUAGUCAAAGUAUUCUACCACCAACAUCGACAAGUGAUCUUGUUGAACCAUUUGAAUCAAUGGAUAUUCGAUAUUUUCUUGGUGGAGCUGUUUGUGAUUUUCAUCUUGGUUAUGGAAAAGUUCUUUCAAGAAAAUCGAAAAUUAUUAUUAUUAAUCGAAAUUCAUUUUGUUUAUAUCAAAAUAGUGAUGUUUUUGUUUGGAAACCAACAUUAACUAUCAAUGGUGAUCCAGCUAAUUUUAUUGUACGAUUACAUAAAAUUUCAUCAGAAAAAAAUUAUAAAUUUCCUAAUUUAUGGAUUGAAUCACUUAGAGAUAAAGAUAAUAUUAAACAAGAAGCAAAUCUAAAAAAAGGAUUAGAAUUAACAGUAGAUCAUUUAAAUUCAGUUCGUGUUUUACAAGAAUUAGAAAAUCAAUCACCAGAUAAUGCUAUUUUAAUUAGUGAUCAUGGAGAUUUUGUAGCUACACCUGUUUAUCUACUUUGUCCACGAGAACCAUUAACUUGGUUAGAUCCAGGUGCAUUUGGUACAUUAGCUGUUGGUGUGGAAUUUCCUCUAGGUAUAAAAUUAGUUCGACCUGAAGCAAGUCUUUGGAUUAUUUAUGGUAAUGAUGCUCUUGGUUAUAGUAUUAUGGAAUAUGAUACUUUUAUUCGACAUAAAAUAUAUGAAUUAUUUCUAAUUGAUAAUGUUUUAUUUUUCUUUGAAUAA